CUGCAGUCGGCAGUGAUGGGAUCUGGAGCGAGCGCUGAACUACCCCAAACAUCCGGUCAUAACGAACCCUCUUCAGCUACAAGCAGAACAAAGAGUACAGACGAAAAAAUGAGCAAGAUCCCCCUGUCUCGCUCUGAGGUGUUCGGGGAGCUGAGGAAAGAGCUGCAUGAAGAUGAAGAGUUCCAUCAGUCCGACGUUCACAUCUUCAUCAUCAUGGGAGCUUCGGGGGAUCUGGCCAAGAAAAAAAUCUAUCCAACUCUGUGGUGGUUGUUCAGAGACGGCCUCCUCCCUGAGCAGACCUAUUUCGUGGGCUUCGCUCGCUCUGACCUGACAGUUGAUGCCAUCCGGACCGCUUGCAUGCCGUACCUGAAGGUGACCGAUACGGAAGCGGAGCGGCUGUCGGCCUUCUUCAGCAGGAACACGUACAUCAGUGGGAAAUACGCUGACGAGGCGUCCUUCUCCAAACUCCACACACACAUCCUGUCUCUUCCCGGGGGACAAGAGGCAAACCGUCUCUUCUACCUGGCCUUGCCACCCACCGUCUACCACGAUGUUACCAAGAACAUCAAGCAUCACUGCAUGAGCGCAAAAGGCUGGAACAGGGUGAUUGUGGAGAAGCCGUUUGGACAUGACCUUCAGAGCUCUGAGGAGCUGUCCACUCACCUCUCCUCGCUCUUCACCGAAGAACAGAUCUAUCGUAUUGAUCACUACCUGGGAAAAGAAAUGGUGCAGAACCUCAUGGUGCUCAGGUUUGGGAACCGAAUCUUCGGGCCGAUCUGGAACAGGGACAGCGUGGCCUGUGUCGUUCUGACCUUUAAAGAACCGUUUGGGACGCAGGGACGAGGAGGCUACUUUGAUGAUUUUGGAAUCAUUCGAGAUGUCAUGCAGAACCACUUGCUCCAGAUGCUCAGCCUGGUUGCCAUGGAGAAACCAGCCUCCACCAGCUCUGAUGAUGUCCGAGAUGAAAAGGUGAAGGUGCUGAAAUGUAUCGCUCCAAUAUCCAUGUCGGAUGUGGUGCUGGGUCAGUAUGAGGGGGAUCCAGAGGGUGAGGGGGAUGCUAAAUUGGGUUACCUUGACGAUCCCACGGUACCUAAAGGGUCGACUCAGGCCACCUUCGCCACCGCCGUCCUCUACGUGCACAAUGAACGCUGGGAUGGCGUUCCUUUCAUCCUUCGCUGCGGAAAGGCACUAAACGAGAGGAAAGCUGAGGUGCGACUGCAGUUCACCGACGUCCCCGGAGACAUUUUCGGAAACCAGUGUCGCAGGAAUGAGCUGGUGGUGCGCGUGCAGCCCAACGAGGCCGUCUACGCCAAGAUGAUGAGCAAGAAGCCUGGCGUUUACUUCAGCCCUGAAGAAACUGAGCUGGACCUCACGUACAAGAGCAGAUACAAGGAUGUGAAGCUUCCAGACGCUUACGAACGCCUCAUCCUGGACGUGUUCUGUGGGAGUCAGAUGCACUUUGUGCGCAGUGACGAACUGAGGGAAGCCUGGAGGAUCUUCACCCCUCUUCUUCAUUACAUAGACAAAGAGAAGCCGCAGCCUAUUCUUUACAAAUACGGGAGCCGUGGCCCCACGGAAGCCGACGACCUUGCAAAGAGAGUUGGAUUCCGCUACGAAGGCACUUACAAAUGGGUCAACCCUCACAGACUUUGAGUUGUGGUGUGAUGAGGGGGGAGUAGCGAUAGGAUAGUAGGAGGGGUGCGGCAGGGUAAGUGAGCCACCGUGUUGCUGAGCGGGAGUGUCUUUAAAAGAAGGAGCUGUUUCCACCAUGUGGAUCCAUUGAGCAGCAAACGAAAAGCUGUGUAAAAAAUCAUUCUCAGGUAUAGAAAUUAUUCCUGUCCGCCUGUUCAUCGAACAUUCAAAAGAGCAUCAUGCCAGUUGUGAAGGUGAUUUUUCUUUUUUCUGUACAUUCACGACUGAUUUUUAAUUAAGUCUUAAUUUAAAGCUGGGACCAAGUCCGUCAAAAAGCUAAAAAAAAAAAAAAAAAAAAAAAAAAAAAAAAGCAGAAUGAACAGGUCAAGUUUUGUGAAGAAAAAUUGGUUAGGUGUUAAUCUGUCAGGAUGAUGAUAAAAAUGAGCAUCAAAAACAGAGCGGAGUAACAAAACAGACUCCACUGAGUCGCACAAUGCAAAACCAAAGGUGGCAACUGAACCCAGCAGAGACGAGAAUGAUUGUUCACCAGCUGUCUCUCUUAAAACAAUAAUGAUUGUUACACCGUUAUGCUUCGAGUGCAUCGUUUCUUUUUACGACUUGUGUGUUCACUUUCCGCCUCCUCUGCCUGGGACCAACGACGUCUUCGUUGUUUAAGAUAAUUAAGCCGUUUGCAAAUGCGAUGCAGGCAGCUUUUCUUCAAAGCAUUCAUACUACAGUAGUUUUAAGGGUCCUUCUGGACAAAAAAAAAAAAAAAAAAAAAAGAGCUCGCCAUCUUGUUUAGCAGCCUCCCUCUCAGCUACGUUCCCUUUGUUUACAUUUUCCAGAUUUAUUUAAGUUUCUGACUUUGUUUCAGUUCCAAACAUCAGGAGAGCUGCUGUGUCAGUGUGUCGGGGCGAAUGUCUGUAAGGGCGUUUUGUACACUGCAAACUUGUGUAAAGCUAGCUACGUUUCCACUGCUUGUAAUAAACUAGUUGCUUCUCUGUUAA